ACGAUUCUCAGGGAAUUGAAUUUGUUACUCACCGUAAAUUAAGUCAUCUGAGAUAGCAUUAUGUUUUCCACACUCGUGGCCGCUACCCUUGUAGCCCUUGUCUCUGCUGACGGCAUCCCAGACUUCGUUGUUCCUGGAAAAUGCGCUAAAGUGGCCAACCAGGACAAGUUCGAUCUUCGCAAGUACUCGGGCCGCUGGUAUCAGACUCAGAUCAUCGACAACGCCUAUCAGCCAUUCACUCGCUGCAUCCACUCCAACUACGACUACUCUGACUCUGACUACGGCUUCAAGGUGACCACAGCUGGAUUCAGCCCCAGCAACGAGUACCUCAGAAUGCAGGGCAAGAUCUACCCCACAAAGGGACUCCCUGCUGCCCACAUGCUCAUUGAUUUCCCUACCGUUUUCGCCGCUCCCUAUGAAGUGGUCGAGACUGACUACGACAGCUACUCGUGCGUGUAUUCCUGCAUCGAAAUGAGCGGCUACAAGGCCGAGUUCGGCUUCGUCUUCUCCCGCACCCCACAGACUUCCGGUCCAGCGAACGACAAGUGCGCCUCCGUCUUCCGCAAGAACGGAGUCGACUUCGCCUUAUUCAAUGACGUUGCUCAUACGGCCGAAUGUGUCUACAGAGCUUAGAAUUUACUUCAUUAUAAAUAUUAAAAACAAUAUUUUUAUAUAAUAUGUCAUUAUGCAAAUUGUGUGCGCAUGCUCAUACGGCCGAAUGUGUUUACAGAGCUUAGACAUCAAAUUCGGUACAUAUUAUUUUUGUUUACAAUAAAGGAUGUAUCAAAAUAAGAUAUGAU